GAUUAGAAGUCGCGUGUGAAUAAGGACAUGCCAAGCUCGUUCUAUCGAUUAUUGCAAGCUUGUCCAGUCCAGUUAGCGAUAACACCGAAUGGACAAAUGAGUGGCAGAGCAGUUGUCUUCGGGUAUGUCACCGCGUUGAAAGGAUUUGACGUCGUUUCGCAUACGAAAUCGGACGAAAAAUAAAAAAAAACGAGCGAACGCGAAGGAAUCGUAAGCUUGUCGCGUGUCAUCAACCGAAUCUUUCGUGACUCGAUGUAGUUUCAUCGAUCCGUACGACGCCUCGCUUGUCCAUUACUUUUGAAUAAAGUUAAAACGCUCUCAAUAUAUUCCAAAUAUAGUUUGAUAUAAUUGUUCGACGACCGAAAGGAAGGAAUCAUGUUCAACUUAUGAUAUGGCUCGCCUCUACUACGAGUGUAACGCGGAUCUAAGAAACAAUACGGAAGAUAGCAAAACGAACAAACCAUACGCGUGUACACCGGAUAAAUAUUGCUUGUAUUGCUGUUGCAACUCGCAGUGUUGUCUGUUGGUGCAAAGACGGCCACCACGACACUUUUGGGAAGCCUGGUACUUCUGGCUAGGCGUUGCUUUACUCGCUGUUUUUAUCAUAUCUUCGGUGAGCAGUUACAUAGUCAGUAAUUGCAGACAUAAUAUUCAAGGUGUACAACUAAGACACAGCACGCACGGUAAUCGACGAAACGAUCGCGACAAUCGUCCGAGAAACAGCCAGAAUGAGAUAUCCAUAAGCAUAAUCCCGACGUCGGAAUUUUUUCCAUCGCACAGGAAGAUGUUCGUGAUUGCUUCUCAACCAGCCGUAAAUCACCUGACUCCUGUCGUUGCGUGAAGUCGUUUUGUUUUAACGGAGCGAUUAUGCCAGCGAAAGGAAGCCGACGCGAAGAGUUGGAAGAUCAUCCCAUGGCAUUUUACACGGUAAUACCUCUUAAAAGACAGCGCGUCGCAUCGAGAGCUUUGAUCGGCCGGAACAUCGCGGCCACGUCAUUAUGUCGCGAGGAACAUUUACGAUAAAUGCGUCUUUUUACUUAGCCUCGGGAUGUAAUAACUGGUAGCGGUUCAAAACACUCUGAUCACAAACGACAUUUUGAACAAAUGAGAAACGAUGUUACCGAAGAAUACGGUCUUCUUAAUGGCCAAUUUGACACUGAAGCUACUUAGGCCGCGAUCCGACUCCUCCUUUGGUUCAUAAUUUGCCACACGCGAUGUAUCCUAUUAAACAUGAAAACUUCCGAUGUAUCGUUUGCGAUUAAGCGAUUCGUCGUUUUCCAAUUUAACGCGGGACGCGAUAAAAACAAAGAAGAACGUGAAAUUAUAGGUUUGACGAUGCUUUAUAACGCGUAGAAUCGAAAACAACCGGUGUAGUAGGAUUUACUAAAAGAUCGGGAAACGAUGAUUUACGAUAAUAUGUCCUGAAUACAAAUCGUAGAUCGGCAUUGAUUAGGUUCGUUGAGUCGUUUUAGCGCUUCUGAACAUCGGUCGAGCAUUUAGAAUUUCUUAGCCGAAGCCUCGCUUCCAUUUGGCUGAGCACAGUGCAACCAGCCCGAUCGAAACUCGUUCUCGAGGACUCGAAUGGGCGUAACUCCCAUUAACAAUUAAGAAGACACGCUGCAACCUGGUCGACGUACCUGACUGGACGUACCAAGAGAUCGGGGGCUAAUUAAAAAGGACAAUCGGGCGAAUGCAACUCAAGGCGACGUGUACUCUCUAUCUUUUCGCGCAUCUCUCUUAAUCUUUCUUGCUCCCUCUUUCCUCUUUUUUCGCAUCUUUCUCUUUAUCUGUUCAAUUCCUCGUCUUCCUUUUCCCUGCGACUCGUUCCUGCCGCUUCUCUGUUUCCAGAUCGAUCCCGCGAUAGCGGUUAAUCGCGAUAAUCUUCGCAGAAGAGAGGAAUUACGAAAAACUUUGGCGUUUAUCGAAUCCCGGCAACAAACACGCAGCAGACACACGCGCAUUUCAGAAUGACAAAACCAAGAUGUGUACUUUUCAUCUAUUCCCAUUGCGAUUUCGAAGGUAUUCGGAGGAUUGUACACUGACGUUCGUAAGUCACGGGAUAGCCGGAAAUUUUCGGACACGAAUUUUAAUAAAAUAAAUAAAAUCUUUAAAAUACAGUAUGGUAAUUACGAUAUCUGUUUAUGUUUGUCGCAAGUGUAUCAAUUGGCUUAUGGAUGCGAGUGUAUAAACCUUCUAAGAUCGAGGUGAGAUUCGUGCAUACUUCGAAUUACCUUGAGAAAAUGAAAGGAUUCGAUGCAACUUUUCAUUGUCAUAUUCCAUCUGCGUAAUGACUGGCUGUGAUCAUGUCAAUUCGAGGCAGCUACGUGGGAGUGAAACGUUUGCUAUUCCUUCGUCGGAGCGUUAGUGCGUAGAACAUGGUUUGUCAUGGACGUUUAAUACGAAAUAAUAGCUUGUGUACCGGCGUACACGUAUCGAUCGCGACGCUUUACACUUCAGCUAAAUUAAUUAAUAUGCACCGAAAGAGAAACAGAUACACGUUUGACAUUUUGCACAAGUGUGAUUGUAAUUAGCUGCGUAGGAUGAGAGUGGAAACUACUGUCUGAUAUUAUCAUACAAGAAGUCAAUGGCGGUGAAAAAUUCUAUAAAUAUACAAUUUUGAUGUGUUUGCGUUUAAAUAAUAUUCACGACCUUCUUUUCUUUUUUUCAUUAUUCCGCGAAUCCCACGCUACAAUGCGCUUACUCAAGACAUCCAUUAAUAACGGCGGACCCCAAACAUUUACACCUGAGAAACUCCAGUUCUCACGAUUGAACCGUUGAUUUAAUUAAGAGUUAAUUAGGCUACCUUCACCGUCGCGGCAGAUGAAAAUUUUUUUUCGAAACUAAAUCCCACCUCGGAAGACAUCCUCUGUCUCUCGAGUUCAACAAUGUAGAAAGACGAUAAUUCAACCGUAAGAAGAAGAUCCAGUUUCAACGAGACACUGCAUGUACCAGCUAUGUAAAUAUGAAACCGGAAUUUUUGUAUAGAAAAUACACGUUUACACGUUUAAAUACGCGUUCAUUGUAUGAAAAUUCCGGCGCAACUCCGGUACAACUCCGGUACAAUUCCGGUACAAUCCACCUGUCUGGCAAUUGGUGGACG